GCAUUGCCCAGCCGCAGCCGCAGUUGUUGGUCACGUGACAACACUACUGGCAACCUCGCAGGGACCAUUCCCGUUCAACACAUCGGACUUGCUACCACCACUCUGUCUCCCCUCCUACUCUCUCUCUGUCUAAACGGCGAUUCGAUUUGAUCCGGUUCGGUUGGGCUCUUAGCAAAACCCAAAGCUUGGUGCUGUAAACUACAGAAUUUGUGCGAGUUAAGAGGGCUCUAAAUGGAGAUGCCAUCAAAUGAAAAUUCACAGCCCUCAAUGAAUUCUACCGGUGAUGCUGAUCAUCAACAGGAGGCCAUGCUUCCCGACGGCGUAGAUAAUCUAAUACAAUGUGCUAUUGACCCCGAGGGACGUUUUAAGGAUCAGAGAACCUUCACAUUCACGGAAUGUAAAGAGUCGAAGCUGGAGGUUUCUGAAGUUAGAGGCGUACUACAAGUUAUUGCAUCCACUGGGAAAUUUUGGCAGGAUUGGGACAAAUUAAAGAGCAUGCUAUCCUUUCAACUGAAGCAGGUUCUAUUGGAGUAUCCUGAGGAAGAAAUGACAAGUGAGCAGCAAAUUGCUUCUUUAGGAGAAACCUAUCCUGAGCUGGUGAAGAGGUUGGAUGAAGCUCUUCAUAAUUUUACCGAAGGUCCUCCGUUUACCCUUCAGAGGCUUUGCGAGAUCCUAUUGGAUGCAAAAAGAAUCUAUCCAAAUCUCUCAAAGCUUGCUCUUGCAUUAGAAAAGAAUCUAUUGGUGACAUCUAUGCUGACAGCCUCAACGGAUCCAUAUCCACAAUCCACGGUGCAAAAUUCAGUUGAACCAGACAAAGCAAUUGAAGAAGCUAAAAUUCACUCUGAUUCAGUAGCGCAAAAUGGGGUGGAACCUAUGGUAAGUGGCGAUAGGGAUGAAGUUAUGUCAGAGGUAGUGCAAGCUGAUAUCGAUAAUGACAUGACCAUCGCGAUGGAAGCUUUUGAAGAUAUAGUGGGAUCAUCAGACGCAAAUUCAGUGCAGACGUAUGAUUCUUAGUUUUCCGGCGAUGUAGUUGAGAGCUCAUCAGUUCCGGCUUUACCUGAUGUAGUUAGCAGUAACACUUUUUCUGAUGCUUUGUUUUAACGCAUUUGUUCAGCAACUUUAUAUUGCCCACUUGUGCAAUGCCUUCGCUGUUGAGACAUGCAUGCGGUAAGGCAAAGAGAAUUAUCUUUAACUAUUGAUUUAACGUAAUUUUUCGUGAAAA